AUGACCGCUUGCUGCUUAAGUGGGCAAGUCCUAGCUCCCAAGUGGAUGAGGUCACGAGCUACAUCGUGCGCUUUUUUUGACACGGAACCACGCUGGCCUGUGAAGCAUGAGAUUGAGGUGAAGCUAGCAUCUCGCUUGCUGAAGCCCAGCGCGCAGACUGCGAAGUUUCUUGAAGGCAGUGUUGCCAUGCUGAUCAGCACAGCGGUGGAGGAAGAAUCGGAUCCAUUGGAUGAUGAGCCGGUGAGAAGCGCGAGCUGCGAGGAUUGUCAAGAGGUGCACUUUUGGCUUACUGGCCUCGCAGCUUCACGAAUGUACUAUGUACAAGUGGCCGCAAAGACGGCAAGUGGUCAAGGAGAAUGGUCACCUAAGAGUGAUCCACUUUUUACGUGGCGCAGAGCACCAAAGCUUGCCGCGCCAAAGCUUCUCUUCCCCUCGCAUGGCUCUUUGGUCUUUGGUUUGGCGUAUGAAUCCCUUGAAGAACCUAGCAAAGGGCAAGAUGAGGAGGUGGAACACUUUGAAAUGCAGUUGCAACCAAGCCAGCGAGGCUAUGAGGUUCAAAACUUGGAGUUUUCCUCCAGCGAUGCCUCAAUGUUGGCUACGACCUUGAGACCACACCUGCACUUGGAUGACGAGGUGUUCCCUUCACACGUGGUCAUUGCAAGUGGCUUGACAAGCCGGAGUGGCUAUUCUUGCACAGCACUGGCUAUCACCCAUGCUGGACGCGGUGAGAUCUCACAGAUCACCCGUGCAGAGACGCUAGCCGUUCCUCCUGCAAUCGCAGAUGUGAAAGUGGAACAGGUGGAUCACAACAGCGCCACCAUCUCUUGGAGGUUGUCUGAGCGUACAGAUAUCCAGGAGUUGAUGAAGAUUUGCAUGCCUGACUCCACAGAGUUUCAAGAGCGCCAACUGCGAGGCUUUCGAAUUCGAAUCUGCUACGAGCCCGAGCUGGAAACUACAGGCAGUGGCAUCCGUGCGCAGCCUCUGUGGACUGAGAUCCUGGGAGCACGUGCAGCUGCUACCGCCUCUGAAAAGCCAGGCUACUACUCAUUGAAGGUCCGUGAGCUUCGACCCAGCAGCACCUGCCUCGUGCAGGUAGCAGCUGUUGCUGUGGGGCCAGGAGAUGGUGAGUGGUCUGAUUCAGCGCAAAUUUGUACAGAAGCGCUGGCUCCAGAACUCCGGGGGCGUUUGGACGUCGAGAUGAGCUUCCGACAAAGUGCAAAGCUCAAAUGGGUGACACCCAAAGACAUUGCAGGUUCGCCAGUGCACGCGUACAUGGUGUACCUUGGGCGGGCCCGUGAUCGUGGCCGCUCAGCAGUCCGUGAGUUCGAGCUGCCCUUGCAGGCAGUAUCUGCAGGCACGGCGGAGGCAGUCGAAAUGGGCUCCAUUUGGAAGCAUGAAGGCUCGAUUACCUACAUGGAGCUCCGGAUGCUUGAGCCUGGUACAGCUUACACUGUCCAGGUUGCAGCUGUGACCUUACGAGGGCUUGGUGAAAGGAGCGAACCAUGCAACUUCACCACGCGAUCUGUGGCGCCUUCCAUGGGAGCGAUCCUUCCGAGAGUGGUGCACUCCUACCAUGACCACUUGGUCUUGGAAUGUUCAGGUCCGGUGCCGGAUUGGUCACGAUCAGAAAGCAGUGAUGUCACUGGCUUCAGCGCGAGAUACUUUGAAUGCUCGCGCUAUGGCUAUGCACCUCAUGGGGCCUGGAUCAUCGUGGAGAAAGUCGACUUGGUCGAAGAGAAGGGCAGCACGGACCUGAUACGCUUUUCUCUCAAGGCCUUGCAGCCUGAGAGGCAGUAUAUCGUCCAGGUCGCUGCGGUCACAGCAGCAGGUAAGGGGCCAUGGUCCGAGCAGAGCGCACGGCUCAGCACUUGGCGCGUGGCGCCACGCCUUGCAGCGCCCAUUGCCGUGAUGCAUACGCACGACACGCUGGUUCUGGGCUGGGAUGGUGAGGUCCUGGAUGACACCUUGAGCAGUGCAGUUCAUGAUGAGAACAUCAAUGAGUUCAUGGUCAAGGUCGCCCCAGCCGGCAAAGCGGUGCAGGCACGGACGCUUCGGGUCUCCUUCAACCAGGCGGUUUCAUCAGCACAGGCUUGGCGGGAAGCUGGAGCAAGUGAUGGUACAGAUGGGGGUGCUUUGAUUUGCGAAGGGAGCGUGAGCUCCAACUUUGUGGCAGUGGUGCCCGGGCUUUCGCCAAAUCAAAGAUAUAUGUGUCAGGCUGCAGCAGUUUCUGCUGCUGGACAGGGAGAGUGGUCAGCGCAAUCUGCAGAGGUCUUGACUUUGCCUGUGGCUCCUGCAGUUCUUGGGGCACGAGUGGACGAGGUACAGCAUGAUCAGAUCGUAGUGUCCUGGGAACACGUGCAGCUGCGACCGGGAGUUCCUCAAAGCCUUUGUGACAAGCUUGGACUCACUAAAUCCAUUGAGGAGUUGCACCUCUGUGGUUACUCUUUGCGCUCUGCUGCCUGGACAACUUGGCGUGGCCUCUCUUGGUCCAAGCAUGUGAAUGUCGAGGUGGACACAGUGACGAUGAGCGAAGGUGGCCACUUUCAUUAUGCUGUAAAAGACUUGGAGCCAGAGAAGAACUACGUGGUCGAGAUUCGGGCUUUGAGCGCCAGCGGCGCUGGCGCAUGGUCCCGAGUGAGCGAACUUCCCAUUUGUACCGCUUUGGUAGCACAGGAGCCUUCCGCUCCUGAGCUGGUCUAUGCAACGGCUUUUGCAUUGACGUUUUCUUUUGCAGGGGUGGAGGAUGACAGGCUUGUGGCUUACGAGGUCAGGCGCCAUGAAGGUCCUUGGCGCAGCCCCUCAAAGCCUUUGCGAUUUGACCAUCAGUCUCUUGCAGUGCGGGUCACCUCGGAGAACCGUUGGGUAGUCACUGUCGAUCAGCUCAAAAAGGAGACAACCUACACCUUGCAGCUCAGGGGCGUCACGGCCGCGGGUGGCGUCACCAAGUGGUCUGAGAAGUCCGAGCCCAUGUCGACCUUGGCCGACGAGCACGGACACGAGGUUGAGCUCAGCGUCGGAGUUAAUGAGGAGUCACCGGCACCACUGGCUGCUGGCCCACCAGAUGUCGGCUCUGCGGAGUCGGUGGAGGAUUUCUCGAAGAAGUUGGAAUCAGUCCUAUCCUUCACAAUCGACCAGGCCACAGCUGGUGUGCGACUACCGUCAGUGCGGAUCCCCUCAGUCGCAGAGCAGGCAGAAGAAUUGCUGCACACUCAUCGAAAUGAUCGCAAUGCAGCUGUAAAGGCUGCAGCACGGAUCGAGGAUGAUGAUACCUGGCGUUCCAAGUUGCCAGACUUCCUCAUUCAACAGGUGCCCGUAGUUGGUUGUUCCACAGUGCUGCUGCGCGAGCUUUGGCGAAACAUUCGGCGCUGCGCCUUGGUGGCCCAUCUCUAUGGCCACGACACCCGCAGCCCUGAAACGCAAGCGCUGAUCCUCACAUGCCUGGUGCCAGCGGGUGGUGGCAGUCCCGCAGUGCCAGCCGUUCCUUCUGGAAGUGGGAGUGCAAGCUCUCAGCAAGGUUUCGUAAAGCCCAACGCUGUUGGCAAUCCUGGCUCGGCCGCUGGACUAGAGGACGUUGUCUCAAGCCGCAGAGUGGCGCUCCUUGUCUCCCGAGCUCUCGCAAAGGAGACGUUCGUCCGUGCUACAGGCUUUAAAACAGCGGGACAGGUUGUAGGCCUUCUGGAAGUUGCUGGCCGGCUGUUGGCAAGCAAUACAAAGGAUGCAUCUACCGAGAGUGCAGCAGCCCUGAGCAGCGAAACAGAUGACACCUUGGUGGCUGAUGCGACUUCUCCCGUCCAAGUGUCCCUUGUGGUGUUCCGACCUUUGUCAAUGGAUGAGAGGCCUUCUGUGGUCAUCGGUUUGCUUGCCUUGUGGCUUUUGCCCAUCUUUGUGUCUGCGGCACGCUUCGUAUUCAACAAAGUUUAUCCCCUCAUGGCGCAACGCAUGGAGUUGCCUUUGGCGGCACUUGUUGGUGUGCUCUUGAUCAUGCAGGUUUUAGGUGUGCUAGCAGUAAUCUGGGUUCAGCAGAACUUGGAGAACUUUCUAAGUAUACCAGCCACUUUGGUCUUUGUGCUGUACACAUUGAUCCCGGCCAUCUCAGUGUGCCUGGCCACGCGCAGUGUGCUUCAAGGAGCACAUGAGGCUCCAUUCUUUGCCCUGCUCGGAGUGUUCAACUUGGCCAGCGGCUACUUGCGUUGGGCGGGAGAUUUGAGUGACGAUGCUGCACUGGACCAGCAGCCUAUACCACGCUUUGCUGCUUGUCGCGAACAGGUGACGCGCUGGCGAGAAUGGCUGUGGAUUGGGCUUCUGAUUGACUUUGUUUUAGAGGAGAUCAUGGGACGUGUUUGCGGCCUACACGCAUUGCGGCUGCUUGGGCCGCCAAUCACCAGCACACAAGCGACGCUCGUGGAGUACCGCACCCUUGCCUUUGCUGUUGGACUUGUAGCAGCGCAAGCACAGGCGCGAGCUUUGGUUCUGCUGCAGCGAAGGUCCGUCCUUCUCCGCCUCCUGGGCGCUCGAAAGGCCUUCAUUGGUGGCAUCACUUUGCUGCUGAUGGGAGCAUUCGCGGUGGUUCAACAGCCGCGGACCAUGGCUUUCCUGAGAGAGGUUUCGCCAACCCCAUGGUGGUGCUGCAUGGUCCUUUGGCUCAGACAGUUUGGUGCCAUUGCCGGCGCUUUGCUGCCCUUGGUGCUUUACACCCUUGUCCAGCCGCAGUCCUUCGGGCGGCUAUCAGUGGACACGUUGGUACCUUUGGCUGUCUCUGCGGGGUGCGUUGCAGGCUACAUGUUUUGUCAGUCCUUCACUGCAUUAUGGCAAGAGAAGCGAGAGCACUUGGAGUCAGACUAUCGAGUGAUCUUCCUCUUCCCUCACAUGAGCUCCCAGGCGAGGCAAAAAGCUUCCGCAGCGAUGCGGGUGACGCUGAAGCGUGGUGCGGAGGCGACCAAGAACACUGCUGCGGAAUGGGUAGCCACUCGUGCAGUGAGGCCCAACCACACCCGAGCUCGAUCGCAGGAUCAUGUGCCGUGCAAAAAACGAGUGCUGAGAUAUCAGAUCACGAAAGGACAGCAAAGCUUUUGGGAAUCACUGAGCAAAGUGGAGGCCAAUUACUUGAAGAGUUUGCUCGAAGCAGCAUCAUUGUUUCAACUGCAGCUGGAAGAGAGUGAACAAGUGCUGCUUGAAGCCAAGGAGACCUUAUUGGACCGAGAAGUUCUUUGUGAACGCUUGCAGCGCAGCAUCCAACGUGCAACGCAGCGGACCAGAAAGGCGGCUGACGCCUCCAAUGCAGCUCAGCGAGAGCUGCGACGCUUGCAAGAUACCCAUGCUGAUGCCAGUGCAUCGCAUGCUCCACAGCUUCAAGCAUUGCAAGAAAGAAGAGGGGAACUGAAAAGAGAAGAGGCCCUGGUGGCAUCAGAGCUCUCAGAACUCUCCGUGCAAGUGCAGGAUGUGCGAAACCGGCUGUGCUCUGCACAGCGAAGCUGCCAGCAGCGAAGACAAGACUUGGAUCAGCUCAAAGACAGGUGCUCAAGGGAAAAGCUCCAUUUGAAGAAGCUCCAUUCCGAGGAGCAUCAAUCCUUUCGAGAGGAGGCAGAGGCUGCGCUACAAAGAAUGGCAGCAGCUAAGGAAGGAGAGAGCUCCCAAAUCGCUGAUGAACUCGGCAAGGAGGUCACAGCUUUGAAGUCUGCCCAUUUGCUUGUGCAGCAGCGGCACCAAGAAGCCUUGCUGCAGCGAGAUGAAGCAGCUGCGGAAUUGGCGCAAAGGCUCCAAGAAGGCCAUGCACUGCGAGAUUUAUGUAGCCAAGCCCACCGUGAGAAUUCUCAGCUCUCUGCAGAGCUUCGUAUCCUCGACAAUGAGGUCGAGGAGCUGGUGGACACCACAGACAGCGAGGUUGAGUGGGAGCUGAGCGAGCUUCAGCAGCGGUGCACUGCCCUUGAGCGACAGUGCGCUCGUGCACAAGCUGCUGCUUCCAGGAAACCUUUUGAGAAGCUGGCGGACUUGAGCUUUGCAGAGAGUGCAUCGCCAUGUGGAGGAAGAAGAGCUCAAGAAGAUUGGAUGGACUUUCAGGAGGUCGAGGCUCAACAGCCAGUGGAAGGCGUGCAGCUUCCAUCCUCAUGCUCGCCGACACCUCGCAGUCCUCUUUUGAGCGAAAUGCCUCAGACACCCUCCAAGGAGAAGUCGGACGAGAACCUCGACUCCUUCGUUCUGGAGCACCGAGUUGAGGACGUGACUCGACCUCCGGAAGCGGGUCUGCUGUGCACCUCGCUGCACGCUGCAGCCUUGCACUGCGACACUGCGGUGCUGAUGGCAUUGAUCGAGGCCAAAGCCAAUGUCGAAGCAAAGGCCGAGGCAUCAGCGGUGGAGGGUGAAGAGGACCUCAUGCACACCCUGACCGAAUGUCAUGCCUUACAUGUCAUGAUCGCUCGGGAUGUCUUCUGCGAAGAGGUUUAUGCUUUGCUGAUGCGGGCUGGCUUGCGACUGAGCGCGGCAUGUCGCAACAAAGAGGGCGAAGAGAUCUCUGGCCUUUUGCUGCCCAGGCUCUUGGGCAACGCGACAGCCACAGAGGAAUGUUUAGACCGACUCCUUGGUGAGGAGGUGCAGCUGAUGAUUCGCUCUCCGGGUCUUGCUUACGCACUGAAUGACUUCUUGGAAGUUCUCUCUAAUCUCCACAGGGACCAUGAGGCUCUUGUGUCAAAUGCAGCUCCAGUAAGUGUUCGCCAUGAUUUGCCGUGUCCCGCCAGCUAUGCAGGAAGAAUUGACGAGCCGCCUCCCACGGCACUGCUGUUUGCAGCACAGGUGGGCAGCUGUGAAGCUGUCCGGUUGCUGCUGUACGCUGGCGCUUCGGCCACGCAGACCAUGCGGCAGUCUGUGCAAUUGGGGCACGGACGCUUGGCGCUGCCAGCUCAAGCUGUGCAUGUAGCCUGCUUGAGAGGAGACAUGGUGAUGGUAGAGCAGCUCCUUUUUUUCGGAAUCAGCCCUGACAUUACCUGCAGUGGCAAAGUCUACGCAGCAGACGAUGUUCAGGCAGCAAAAGAGCUGGAAGAGUGGACAGGCCUCACUUUGGUUCACUUGACGGUACUCAGCCGGAACUAUGAUUUGGUCCCCACGCUGCUUCAGAUGGACUGCUUUCUGGAGACUUCUGCAAAGCGACACGUAGGAGGUUCCUCCAUGUCAGUAACUCCAUUGCACUUGGCCGUUCUGCUGGAGGAUGCCAAGGGCUGUUCCAGCCUCAUGGACCACGGAGCGGAGGUCGGUGAAGCAGUUCGGCAGGCAGCCUUCGCUCGAAGAUCUUUGCGCGAGAUGUUCGGUGGUUCCUCUCCAAUUGGUCUUGAGGAUUGGGUCACAGCCAUCCUGCAGGGGCCAGAGACUUUGCGGAGCCUGUUGGAUCAGAGAACCAAUCCCAACAAGGCCUUCACAUGGCCACGAGACUUCGAAUCUGCGAAAGAUUUGCUGGAAAACAAGUCCUUGUCUUCUCCGGAGCUCACUGAGAGGUUAAAGACGUUGAGCACUGGACGCAGCUACUUUGAAGGGGUGCGGCCUGUUCAGCUAGCCAUUCUCUUCGACCAGCCUUGGGCAUUGCAGCUGCUAUUGGAGGCUGGUGCAGCCUUUGAGGGUGUUGUGCGGGAAGUUGUGCUGGAUGCGCCAGAGGAUCCUCUCUUGCAAGGCAUGGACUUGGACCCUUGGCAGAAGCAUGAAGAUUUGACGAUGCUUGGCGCAGAUAUGCUGAUGCCACUGGAUCACAUUGCCAUAGAGGUGCCCAAGCACUAUUCCAUUGCGGACAACUGCUUCCGAGGCCUGACGCCUUUGCACCUUUGUGCGUUGCUGGAUCUCGAUGCCAUAGCCCUGGCGUUUGUUGGUGAAGGUAGCGGCGAUGUACCUUUGGUCUUCCCCAAUGAGAAGCGGCCGCCGCAAUUCAAGGCCAGAUUUCAAGAGACAAAGGUCAGAAAGGUGAUCAUCUCAGCCGGGAGCUGA